AUGGGGUACGACUUGUGUAUCGUGGCGGUGGUCUUGGAUCCGAUUCGGCAGGAGUUUGCGGUAUGUGCGGGUGGAGAAAGUUUGGACGGUUUGGGCAAGGCGGCGCCGUGUCUGUUGAACGAGUUGUUUGUGGCGAUCUUGGCACCAGGAGCGAUGGUGGCCUCGUUGUUCGGUGGGUGGGCCGCAGAUCGGUUUGGGCGGCGGCGGAUCCUCAUGUUGUCGGACGUGUUCUUCUUUUGCGCAGCAACGACCAUGUCGCUGGCGCAGACGUACUCGGUCAUGCUAGCAGGCAGGGCACUGCUCGGCGUCGGGAUUGGAAUGGGCUUCGUGGUCUUUCCGACGUACAUGGCGGAGGUGGCUCCUGCAGCGGUGCGCGGCGUGUUGGUGACGUGUCAGGAAGUGGCGCAGUGUCUUGGUUGUCUCGGGGCGUACGCGGUAGCCUUCUUCGUGAAUCCACGCACGCAGUGGCGGGCUCUGCUGUUUUUCGCAGGCGUGCCUGCGGUAAUCCAGCUCAUCGGCACCCUCGUGCUACCAGAGAGCCCACGAUGGCUCGUAUGCAAGAGGAAGAUACCCUCUGCCAAACGAGCCCUCGAGCGAAUCGCCGGCCACUCACCCGACCCGGAACAUGAGUCUAGGUACACCAUUGUCGAGCGCUUCCUCGUCGCCACACCCCCCAGCGGCUAUAGCGACUCGUCCGCCUCUCGAAUUUCCAGAGUCAGGGCCGCCCGGGCGGUCUUUCAAGGCGCCGACGAGCGGGGCAUAGGAGUCGACGACAUCCGCGACAUCGAACACGAAAUGAGGUACCACGCCACUCUCACUAGAGAAAACAGCCGCGUGGACAACGUUACCGAUUUUGGCUCCCCAUACAUGCCCCCACCAGGGUCCAGACAACCUCCCAUCCAAGUUCUGCUGGCGCUCAUCGAGGAAGAAGAACUCAGACAACUGAACAAGCAAAAGAAACGAAUGGAACGGGUCAAAAGGGAUGAUGAGGAGAUGCUCGCCAAAUUUAAUGAAAAGCGAGUAUCUCAUGUGAUGUAUAACUUGUUUCGGUUUAAGCGGUGGAUCUCUUUAGACCACAACCCUACUGUACAGAAGGUUAGAGCGAACAUCAUGCCGUUACUAAUAGCUAUGGGCUGCGCAAUUAGCCAGAACUUUACCGGAGCGAAUACAAUACUCUAUUAUUCCAUAGAUUUGUUCAAGAUGGGUGGAGUAUGUGAUACAGUACUCCCAGGAUUUAUGAUUGGCGUUGUUAAAUUGGUUGGCGUACUACUGAUGAUACUGUGUGUAGAACGUAUUGGAAGAAGAAUUCCGCUAUUAGUUGGUACAGGCGGAACGAUAAUGUGUCACUUGGCGUUGACUUAUGUUUAUCAAACAUAUAACUUUGAAGGUGACAUAUGUGCAGAAUCAACAAACCAAGUUCCCGAAGGAAUUGUUACUUUGAACAUGUGGUUGAUAUGGGCUUUGAUGUUCUUCUGGAACAUCAGCUGGGCAGGACUCAUGUUUGUGGUGGCGAGCGAAGUUUUACCCUCCAACUUCAGAGGAGUCGGUAUGGGUAUUACUAUCGCUACCUUUUGGAUCUUUGCCUUUGUCUUCCAGCUCCUUUUCAGGACACUUAUUCUGACCAUCACUCCAGAAGGCACUUUCGCACUUUUAUCCUUUACUUCCUUCCUUGUCCUUCUAUUUGUAUACUUCAAGGUACCCGAUCUUACAGGGAAGACUCUGGAAGAAAUACACUGA